UUCACACAGCAUUUGUAUAUUGUGCUUCCAUGGGGUACUGGGAAGUUUAUGGUCAUAGGGUUGGCUCAGUGCGCAUGCAUGACUCCGAGGAGGGGCCAUGUUGUUGGAAUGAGCACGGUAAUUUGAGGUCUCUUCAAGUAAUUGUGCUUGAGCUUUUUAAGCAUCCCCAUUUAGCCCCCCAUAGCAUUAAAUUGCAGUUUCUUGACAAACACUCCUAAUGGCACAACAAUGGUUUUUCAGGCAAUAAUUUCUUGAAAAGUAAAAGCUCUUGUCAAGCAAUUGCAAUCAUCUCUUUGGUGGGGGUUGGGCAGUUUUGAAUGCUUCAAUGGGACAUAUGUUAUCAAGAACAAGUAUUACCAUUGCAUUGUACUCGUUUAUAAUGUGCUAAAAUGUCUCUUGCUUUUUGACUACACAAGUGUCUACCAAAAUAGACAUAAUUAUUGAAUCUUAUAGGUUGCUAACUAAUAUACAAAUAGCUAAAUACCUUGCCCAAGAUAUCUUGGACAAUGGACUAAAAUGGGCAAUGGAUGUCUCUAAGUGACAUGCAGUUAUUUAAUCCUCUGUGGUUAAAUAUUAUAGAUAAUGAUAAAAGUUUAGUGGUCCAGAAUAUAGAAUUAAAAUGUGAAUACAGUAUAGAUGUGUCAUAGAAAAGUCUUUUUCAGAAGCAUUCUCUACUCUGAAAUUACAUCAUGAUGGACACAGAUUUAGAUACAAUACAGCUAGAGACCACCAUUUUCCCAUUCAGACAUUUAGGUCUUCAAGCACUCAAAGUGCAUUCUAGUAAUCCAUGAAAUGUCCCUGCAUUACAAACCAUAAAAAUUGCAAAUUUGAAAGCUCAAUUGGAAAUAAUAUGCUUUGCCAAAUAGAACAAAGACUUGUUAGGAAAGGUUUCCAAAAUGAAUGUUAGACUGCUGUUAAAAAAGGUUCUUAAGCAGAUUCUAGAUUACGCAGUCUACCAAGUUUUAAUAAGUGUUUAAGAAAUGCUCUGAUGUAUGCAUAUAUACUGCCCAUGUCACUCUGACAGUUGUGACAGUUGGUCACAUCUCAGUCUUGAGCUGAAAGUGACUGUUGGUCUCAGUGCGUGGUUUGACUCAGACCAGCGUGCUUCUCAGAGAGAUUUUUCCAAGUGACUACUUGCGAAUUUUUUACCUGAUCAAAGCGAAUUCCCCAAUUAUGGGUGAAAAAAUGCCUCCAGCUAUGGAGAAGAGUACUCCUCCAAUAAGGAGUGAGGAAAAAGAUCUACUGAUUCCAGCUUCAAUUGAAGAGAUGGAAAAGAAGAAGAAGGUUAACAUCAGGAUGAAGAGAAAGAUGGACAACGAAGGCAGCACUGAGGGAAAAAGUAGGAGAAAAAGGAAGGAAAAGGUGAAGAGACAUCAGUGCAGUGACUACAUCAAGGAAGAAGAAGAAAAGGAAGGAGGAAGAAAAAGACCCCAAAGCAAUGAGGGCACCAUCAAAACCGAAGAGGUGGAAAAGAAGAACACAGUUAACAUCAGGAUGAAGAGAAAGAUGGACAGCAAAGGCAGCACUGAGGGAAAAAGUGGGGAAAAAAGAAAGAAAAAGGCGAAGAGACAUCAGUGCAGUGAAAAAGAAGGAGGAAGAAAAAGACCCCAUGAGGACACCACCAAAGCAGAAGAAGGAGGAAGUGGCCAGAAGAGACCCCUCCUAGAAGACGACAUUCCUCUCCCCGAGGCAGUCAGCAGGUGUAAGAUCCACGCUGAGCUUGGGAGUGGCUCAUAUGGCAAAGUGUUAUUGGCAUCUUUGCCCAACAAAAGCGAGCAUGUAGCCAUAAAGGUGAUGAAGAAAGGUGACUACAUCCCUCCUACCAGCAUCAUAGAGGCUAACGUGCUAAAGAUCGCUGCUGGGUGCCCGUACCUUUGCCAUUCCUAUGGAGCAUUCCAUACUCAGUGGCAUUCUGUGUUUGUCAUGGAAUAUGUCAACGGAGGUACCUUACACGAUCAAAUGAACAACAUAGGACUUCCGCGCAUGGACACAUUAAUAUUCUACGCUGCGGAGAUGGUGUGCGGCUUGCAGUUUCUCCACGAGAACGGGAUUAUACAUCGGGAUCUGAAACCAGCGAAUGUCCUAGUGACCAGCGAGGGACAUUUAAAGAUUUGUGACUUUGGAUUGGCGGCUGAGGGCAUCUCUGGGAAUAAGAAAACCAGAGGACUAGUAGGAACAUUACCCUACAUGGCCCCAGAGCUGUUGAAAGAAAAGGAGUAUGAUGCAGGGAUAGACUGGUGGUCCCUGGGAGUCAACAUAUAUUUGAUGGCCACCGGAUCUCAUCCAUUCUACAAGGGCGAUAACAUGAUGGAGUUCAGUGAAGCCAUUCUUCAUACAGAGCUCCACAUUCCAGAAUACCUCAGCCAAGAACUUGAAGAUCUCUUGACAAAGCUUCUCAACAAAGAUCCUAAGGAGCGACUUGGCUGCAAUGGCAACAUUCGGGAACACCCAUUUUUCCAUUCCAUUGAUUGGGUGAACCUAGAAAAGGGAAACGUACCACUGCCUUAUAAACCAGAAGCAAUGCCAUCAGUGGAUUUCAGCAAGACGUAUGAAGAGACGCUAUCGUUCUUGGAGUCCAUCAAGCAGAGAAUCUCUUCAAGAUACAUCACGCCUGAUGUCCAGCUGGCGCAGCCAAGUCAUUUCUUUACAAACGAGCCCUUCUGGAAUUCUCAAGCCCAACAAUCAGCUCCAUACUAUAGGUACCAUCAGGCUCCAUUUGGUCCAUCUGCCUAUAACAUCCAGCCAUACCCUGCAUAUUCUCCUAACCUCUACCCAUAUCAGUGGCUGCCACCAUCAGGUCCUAUUUCUGGACCUUACUAUCACCAUCUUGCUUUUGGUCGUGUCAAUCCACCAUUGGUUCCUUGGCCUCCAAACAUCAACACCGCUGGGCUCUUUCCAUCUCGCCUGCCUCUGCCUAAUUACAACUUUCCUCAUGUCUGGUAGCUUCCAUCGUCCUCCACCUCUCAUUCUUACCAUCAUUUUUUCAUUCUCUGCCUGCAGCCUUUUGCAUGGGCUGCUGCCUCAGGGCCCCAACACCGGCCCACUCCUUCGACCUCUGUCUGCAGCCCUUUCCACCAGCUGCUGCAUUUGACCCCCGAAAAUGGCCCAAUACAUCGGCCCCUGCCCUUUCCCCUGGCUGCUUUCUAGCCCCCAACACUGGCCCAUACCAUCAGCUUCUGCCUGCAGCCCUUUCCAACGGCUGCACCUGUGCCCCUGACAACGGCCCAUUACAUCAGCCUCUGCCUGCAGCCAAUUCCACCGGCUGCUGCGUCUGGGCCCCUGACAAUGUCCCAAUACAUCAAACUCUCCCCUAAAAAUCCAUCGGCCUCUGCCCACAACCCUUUCCAUCGGCUGCUUCCUGGCCCCUGACACCGGCCCAUACCAUCGGCUUCUGCCCGCAGCCCUUUCUGAUGGCUGCUGCAUAUGUGCCCCCGACAACGGCCCAAUAUAUCGGCCUCUGCCCUAAAUCCACCAGCUUCUGGCCACAGCCCUUUCUACCGGCUGCUUCCUGGCCCCUGACAUCAGCCCAUACUAUUGGCUUCUGCCAUCAGCCCUUUCCAACGGCUGCUGCAUCUGUGCCCCCGACAACGGCCCAUUACAUCGGCCUCUGCCUUCAGCCACUUCCAUCGGCUACUGCUUCUGGGCCCCUGACAACGGCCCAAUACAUCAAACUCUCCCCUAAAAAUCCAUCGGCCUCUGCCCGCAGCCCUUUCCACCGGCUGCUUCCUGGCCCCCGACACCGGCCCAUACCAUCAGCUUCUGCCCGCAGCGCUUUGCAAUGGCUGCUGCACCUGUGCCCCCGACAACGGCCCAUUACAUUGGCCUCUGCCUGCAGCCACUUCCAACCGCUGCUGCAUAUGUGCCCCCGACAACAGCCCAAUACAUCAGCCUCUUCCCUAAAUCCAUCAGCCUCUGCCCACAGCCCUUUCCACCUGGCCCCCGACACCGGCCCAUACCAUCGGCUUCUGCCCGCAGCCCCUUCCAACUGCUGCUGCACCUGUGCCCCCAACAACGGCCCAAAACAUCGGCCUCUUUCCUAAAUCCAUCAGCCUCUGCCCACAGCCCUUUCCACCGGCUGCUUCCUGCCCCCCGACACCGGCCCAUACCAUCAGCUUCAGCCCGCAGCCCUUUCCAAUGGCUGCUGCACCUGUGUCCCCGACAACGGCCCAUUACAUUGGCCUCUGCCUGCAGCCACUUCCACCGGCUGCUGCGUCUGGCCCCUGACAAUGGCUCAAUAUAUCAAACUCUCCCCUAAAAAUCCAUCGGCCUCUGCCCGCAGCCCUUUCCAUCGGCUGCUUCCUGGCCCCUGACACCGGCCCAUACCAUCGGCUUCUGCCCGCAGCCCUUUCCAACGGCUCCUGCACCUGUGCCCCCGACAACGGCCCAUUACAUCGGCCUCUGCCUGCAGCCACUUCCAUCGGCUACUGCUUCUGGGCCCCUGACAACGGCCCAAUACAUCAAACUCUCCCCUAAAAAUCCAUCGGCCUCUGCCCGCAGCCCUUUCCACCGGCUGCUUCCUGGCCCCGACACCGGCCCAUACCAUCAGCUUCUGCCCGCAGCGCUUUCCAAUGGCUGCUGCACCUGUGCCCCCGACAACGGCCCAUUACAUUGGCCUCUGCCUGCAGCCACUUCCAACGGCUGCUGCAUAUGUGCCCCCGACAACAGCCCAAUACAUCAGCCCAUCAGCCUCUUCGCUAAAUCCAUCAGCCUCUGCCCACAGCCCUUUCCACCUGGCCCCCGACACCGGCCAAUAUCAUCGGCUUCUGCCCGCAGCCCCUUCCAACUGCUGCUGCACCUGUGCCCCCAACAACGGCCCAAAACAUCGGCGUCUUUCCUAAAUCCAUCAGCCUCUGCCCACGGCCCUUUCCACCGGCUGCUUCCUGGCCCCCGACACCAGCCCAUACCAUCGGCUUCUGCCCGCAGCCCUUUCCAACGGCUCCUGCACCUGUGCCCCCGACAACGGCCCAUUACAUCGGCCUCUGCCUGCAGCCACUUCCACCGGCUACUGCGUCUGGGCACCUGACAACAGCCCAAUACAUCAAACUCUCCCCUAAAAAUCCAUCGGCCUCUGCCCGCAGCCCUUUCCACCGGCUGCUUCCUGGCCCCUGACACUGGCCCAUACCAUCGGCUUCUGCCCAUAGCCCUUUCCAACAGCUUCUGCAUCUGUACCCCCAACAAUGGCCCAUUACAUGGACCUCUGCCAGCAGCCCCUUCCGCCGGCUGCUUCCUAGCCCCCGACACCGGCCUUACCAUCGGCUUCUGCCAGCAGCCCUUUCCAAUGGCUACUGCAUAUGUGCCCCCAACGAUGGCCCAAUUCAUCGGAAUCUGUCAUAAAUCCACCAGCCUCUGCCCACAGCCCUUUCCACCUGCUGCUUCCUGGCCCCCGGCACCAUCAGCCUCUGCACACAAUCCUUUCCACCGGCUGCUGCCUCUGGGCCACUAACACCGACCCCAACACUGGCCAAUUCCAUCGGCCUCUGCACACAGACCUUUCCACCGGCUGCUGCCUCUGGGCUCCCGCCAUCGGCCCAUUAGUGAUCCAGGGACUAGUCCGACUGCCAUAUUGGAGUCAGGAAGGAAUUUUUUUCCCCUUCUGAGGCACAUUGGACACAGCCUUAGAAAGGUUUUUUCGCCUUCCUCUGGAUCACUUUAAUGAUAAAUAGGAAUUUAUUAAAUGAAAGGUUAAGCUAAGGUAUCGAAUCUAGUAUCCCAAAACCCAUUCUUCUUUAAUUUCCUAAUAAUGAGUAGAUAUUACCUUGUAAUACUCAAUGCUUCCACAGGUCCCAAACUUUCUGGCUAAUGGAUGCCAUACUUAUUAUAUAUAUCAAUCCCAAACAUAUAAUAAAUAUAAAAUAUCAGCAGAAUUGUACAGGAUAAAUGAUUAAAAACAUUAUAUGGCAAAAUGUAAUCACUAAACAUCAUAGGAUAAAUAGCAAAAAUUAGAUGGCAGAAAAUGUUAAAAACUCAAGGCUAAAGAAUACUAAUUAAAGAAUUUGGGAUAGUAAAAGGAUAAGGGAUACAAAAUUAGACAUGGUGAAAAAUAAGAAUAGUUACAAAUUCCAUAAUUAUAACUCCCUCAUUAUAGCAUCUCCUUCACUUAUUGGCAUCUCCGUGCAUCUUUAGUUAGACAUUUAAUAAGAUGGAUAGACUAAAAAUGAUGCAAGUUAAUAGGUUAGUAGAAACAAGCUGUCACCGUGUUUCUGAGUUUCAUACUAUUCAUUGGUAGGGGGUGGUCUGACUAAGCAAGUAGUUCUGUAGGACAACAGCACCAUACAGCCCCCCCUCUAGGAGAACAAACUUAAAUACAAACUUAAAGGAGAAUAAACCUUAACUAAGCAAUCUUCUCCAAAAAUGAUUGUUAAAAACCCCUCUCCUGAAACACUGGGUCGAAAAAAUCAAUUAUUCACUGAUGUAUCUAUUUUUAAACAAUUAUUUGUACGGAAUGCUUAAUUUCACAAUAAAGUUAAACCCUAACAAACUAAACAUGGUGUCC